AGAUACUGUAGAAGAGAUGGAACUGCAGAUCGUAGAUCAUAGAGCAUAGAGCAGAACUAUGAGUGAGGGGACGUGCAUUCGCAGAAGGGGUGGACCCUACAAGACACCCCCAGCGACAGAUCUUACACGAUGGCGUCUGACAUGCACCGAGGGGAGGCAGACCUGGCACUAUGUUGAGGAUGAGGACCGAGGAACUAAUGUGCUGGAGGCUCACUCCUUGGGACUUAGUACGAGCGAGUUCCUGAAGGAUUUGCCCCAGGCACACACCGCACAAGAUGCAGCGGAUAACGGAAUAGCAUUUUACACAGCGUUACAAGCUGAGGAUGGACAUUGGGCUGGUGAUUACGGAGGGCCACUGUUUCUAAUGCCAGGUCUCCUGAUUGCAUGUCAUGUGACACAAACUCCACUACCGGAAGCAACAAAGAAAGAGAUGGUACGGUACCUACGCUCUGUACAGCUACCAGAUGGCGGCUGGGGCCUACACAUUGAAGAUAAAAGUACUGUUUUUGGAACAGCCCUUAGCUACACCUCUUUGCGCCUCCUCGGCGUUUCACAAGAUGAUCCAGAUCUAACUAGGGCACGAAACAACCUGCAUAGUAAGGGUGGUGCUAUUGGCAUUCCUUCUUGGGGGAAGUUCUGGUUGGCCGUAUUGAAUGUAUACAGCUGGGAGGGAUUGAACACUCUGUUUCCAGAAAUGUGGCUUUUGCCCUCCUGGUUCCCUGCUCAUCCCAGCACUAUUUGGUGUCACUGCCGACAAGUUUACCUACCCAUGAGUUAUUGUUAUGCAACUCGACUGUGCGCACGCGAGGAUGACCUGAUCCGGAGCCUGAGACAGGAGCUGUAUCUAGAAGACUAUAGCAGUAUUAAUUGGCCAGCUCAGAGAAACAAUGUUGCGGCUUGUGACCUGUACACACCGCAUAGUACUUUGCUCAAUGUUGCAUAUGCUUUCCUGAACCUAUAUGAAACGUACCAUAUACCUUCCCUUCGACGCCAUGCAGUCCAGGAGCUGUAUGACCACAUUAAAGCUGAUGACAGCUUUACAAAAUGUAUCAGCAUUGGUCCAAUUUCCAAGGUGAUUAACAUGCUGGUACGUUGGCAUGUGGACGGCACAGAAUCGUCUGCAUUCAAAGAGCAUGUGGACCGUAUCCCUGAUUAUCUCUGGUUAGGACUGGAUGGAAUGAAGAUGCAGGGUACAAAUGGUUCUCAACUGUGGGACACUGCAUUUGCUGUGCAGGCAUUUCUAGAGGCGGGGGCACAGAACAAAGACCUGUAUCAAAACUGUCUUAAAAAAGCACAUGAGUUUCUGCGUAUCUCACAGAUACCAGAUAAUCCUCCUGAUUACCAGAAGUAUUACCGACAGAUGAAUAAGGGUGGAUUCCCAUUCAGCACCCGUGACUGUGGUUGGAUUGUGGCUGAUUGCACAGCUGAAGGACUGAAGUCUGUGAUGUUACUUCAGGAGAAGUGUCCUUUUCUGUCUGAUCUCAUCCCCCGGGAUAGGCUGCAGGAUGCGGUCGAUGUGCUGCUCAGUAUGAGGAAUCCAGAUGGAGGGUUUGCCACAUAUGAAACCAAACGAGGAGGCCGUCUCUUGGAACUUCUCAAUCCAUCUGAAGUGUUCGGGGACAUUAUGAUUGAUUACACAUAUGUGGAAUGCACUUCAGCCGUAAUGCAGGCACUAAAACAUUUCCAUGAGUGGGACCCUGAGUACAGAGGACAUGAGAUCAGUGAUACGUUGCAACAAGGACUGAAAUAUUGCCGCAAAGUACAACGAGAUGAUGGGUCUUGGGAAGGAUCCUGGGGUGUGUGUUUUACAUAUGGAACAUGGUUUGGACUGGAAGCUUUCGCUUGCAUGGGAUAUACAUAUAAAGAUGGAUGCCCGGAAGUCCUGCGUGCCUGUAGUUUUCUUCUUUCCCAUCAGAUGCAAGAUGGAGGGUGGGGUGAAGACUUUGAGUCAUGUGAAGAGAGGCGAUACGUUCAAAGUGCCAACUCCCAAAUACACAACACUUGCUGGGCUUUACUUGGACUAAUGGCUGCCAGAUUCCCAGAUGUGGCUGUUUUGGAGAGAGGCAUUACACUAUUAUUGGAAAAACAGCUUCCCAAUGGGGACUGGCCACAGGAAAAUAUCUCUGGUGUAUUUAACAAGAGCUGUGCUAUCAGUUACACAUCAUAUCGGAAUGUAUUCCCCAUCUGGACUCUUGGACGUUUUGCUAAGCUGCACCCAGAUAGCCCCCUGGCCAGACUGAACAAGAUCUGACCCGACCUAUCUGAACAGGACCAAAAGCUUAUAACGCCUUACUACCUCGUUAUAGCUCACAUCUUCACUAACUCUUCUGCCACAUUUUCCCCCACAAUAUGCCAUUUCCUGAGCCCAGAUGCAGCCUGUUCAAUUUUUAAUGUAAUUGAAUAUAGGUACAUUUCAUAUUUCUUUCUAAUCCAGUCCUCAGAGUCAGUUUGGGGCCCUUAUUUUUGCUGCUUUGAUUUAUGAGUUUUAAAGGACUAAUUUUUAUCUGGAGAAAAUUAACAUUUUUGAAAAUGAAAAAAUAAACAUUUUAGAAACACU